CAGACCACUCUAACAAUGUUUAAGCUGGUGGUGUUGUCUUGCUUCGUGGCUGCGGCGUCCGCGUCAGGACUCCUCGCGGGUUACAUUUCUCCCCUGGCAUAUGCCGCACCUUUGUGGCAGCCGACCAACUACCGCGGACCGCUGUCGCUGGCUCCCGGCCAACCCGCCAAUAUCUUAGCUGCUGAUGGCAGGCCUCUGGACACCCUGGAUGUAAACUUGGACCGCUCAGCUCACUUCACUGCAAAAGCACUCAACAAUGGAUUCCACUUGCUGAAGAAACGCUCGGUCGCAGUUGUGGCUCCCUUCACAGCUCCGUUUGUGGCUCCUUUUGCUUACGCAGCGCCUUACUACCAGCCGUACAACUACCGUGGGCCAUUGUCGCUCGCUCCAGGACAGCCCGCCAACAUCCUCGGUGCUGACGGCAGGCCUCUUGACACCCUUGAUGUCAACUUGGACCGCUCCGCUCACCUUACCGCCAAGGCUCUUAGUGGCGCACACAUCCUCAAGAAACGCUCCGUACCCGUCAUCGCUCCCCAUCUGAGCACCAUCGCCGUUGCCAGAGCACCACUGAUCGCUUCUCCCUACUCGUACGCCGCCCCCUGGGCUCCCUACAGAACAAUCUCUUACGCUGCCCCCAUCACUCACAUCCUUUAAGUCCUACC